ACUAAGCCCCAGGUGACCUGUUUUUUUUUUUCUUUUUUCUAUCUUGCGCUAAAGUCGUACUGAAGAAAGAGGGCACUAUACAGCAAAAAAUGCUUCGAUCCAAUUGUGUCUCAUAAACAAAAUGUUACAGACAAGGUGCCGUUGGAUUAUGGAAGAAGCAUACUGUUUUGUGUCUUUAACCCAAUUGCCGAGGACGCCUCCUUACAAGUUUGUGUUACAGAACGUUUAAUUUACUGAGAGAUAUACACUGCUGUGCAAUGCAAGACUUCAUGAUAAGCUUCUGCUGGGUUCCUGAUUUACAGUCACCUUAAGCCGCAAACCAACAGUCUUCUUCUCGGAAAUUGGUUCCUUACAUGUGGAUUCUGUGCCAGUAGUAGCACUUCUGGAGCAUUUCUAACCAAAAGGUAUUUCUAACAAUCGAGGAAGAAGCAGGAUAUGCAGCUGGCACUUCUAACAGUGAAUAAUCUUCGUCAGUCUUUCGCUUGUUCACCCUUUUCUUUUAGCUGCGCUGCAGGAUCCAAUAAGGAAUACACGGUAAUGCAUUUUAUCAAGAAUAUAUUUUCCAGAAUGAAUUUUGCCUUGAAUUUCAUUGCACUAAAUGGAUCUACUUAAACAAACAAGGAAUCUUUGAAUCACUGGAUCACUGGACUUCAAAUAUGUGCAGUCACAGUUGCACAGCAAAUAUCAUUACUAUGAUCUGGACCACUUUAUGUAAUAAAAUGAUUGGGGUGUUGCUAAUUUUUUCCCCAGUAAUACUCAUGGAUACAAAUGUACUUCAAAGAAAUGGGGGAAAAUCAGUUUCACAAUCAGGAACCUCACCACAGAGAGCUGUGGCUAGAAUGGAUGGUGAUAUCAUAAUUGGAGCUCUUUUUUCUGUUCAUCAUCAGCCACAGGCAGACAAAGUGCCAGAGAGGAAAUGUGGUGAGAUUAGAGAGCAAUAUGGAAUUCAACGAGUAGAAGCUAUGUUUAAUGCACUGGAUAAGAUUAAUGCAGAUCCAAGCCUUCUUCCCAAUAUUAGCUUGGGUUGUGAAAUCAGGGACUCUUGCUGGCACUCAUCAGUUGCUUUAGAGCAGAGUAUAGAGUUUAUAAGAGAUUCACUGAUAUCAGUAAGGGAUGAUAAAGAUGGGCUAAAUCGUUGUCAAGACAGCAUGGUUACAACCCAGCCUGUAAGGAUUAAGAAACCCAUUGUUGGUGUAAUUGGACCAGGAUCUAGUUCUGUGGCCAUCCAAGUGCAGAACCUUCUACAGCUCUUCAAUAUCCCGCAGAUUGCCUAUUCUGCUACAAGUAUUGAUCUAAGUGACAAGACGUUAUACAAAUACUUUCUAAGGGUUGUCCCACCAGAUACUCUCCAAGCCAGGUCCAUGCUAGAUAUAGUGAAGCAUUACAACUGGACAUAUGUUUCUGCUGUUCACACAGAAGGAAAUUAUGGUGAAAGUGGAAUGGAAGCUUUUAAGGAGGUAGCCAGUCAGGAAGGAUUAUGUAUUGCCCACUCGGAUAAAAUCUAUAGCAAUGCUGGAGAGAAGAGUUUUGACAGACUUCUAAGGAAACUGAGAGAGAGGCUUCCCAAGGCCAGAGUCGUUAUCUGCUUUUGUGAAGGGAUGACAGUCAGAGGGCUUCUAAUGGCAAUGAGACGUCUUGGAGUUGUUGGGGAAUUUCUCCUGAUUGGAAGUGAUGGCUGGGCUGACCGAGAUGAAGUGGUUGAAGGGUAUGAGCAGGAAGCGGCUGGAGGGAUAACUAUUAAACUAAAGUCAGCAGAGGUCAGGUCAUUUGAUGACUAUUUCCUGAAACUACGUCUGGGCAACAACCGCCGUAAUCCCUGGUUCCCCGAGUUUUGGCAAUACCGCUUCCAGUGUCGUAUCCCAGGCCAUCCUCUUGAAAACCCUAAUGCUAAAAGAAAUUGCACAGGCAAUGAAAGUUUAAAAGAAAAUUAUGUUCAGGACAGCAAAAUGGGAUUCGUCAUCAAUGCGAUUUACGUCAUGGCUCAUGGUCUACACAAUAUGCAUAAGACACUUUGUCCAGGUCACGAAGGGCUGUGCGAUGCUAUGAAACCUAUUGAUGGAAGCCAGCUCUUAGAGUUUCUUUUCAAGGCUACAUUCACGGGAAUUUCAGGAGAAGAUGUCUGGUUUGAUGAACAUGGUGAUUCCCCUGGAAGGUAUGACAUCAUGAAUCUUCAAAGUGUUGGGCAUGGCCGCUAUGACUAUGUACAUAUAGGAACCUGGCAUGAGGGUGUCUUGAAUAUUGAUGACCACAGGAUACAGAUGAAUCGCAGUGGGGUGGUAAGAUCUGUGUGCAGCGACCCCUGCUCUAAAGGGCAGAUUAAGGUUAUUAGAAAAGGAGAGGUGAGCUGCUGCUGGAUUUGUACAACUUGUAAAGAGAAUGAAUUUGUCCAGGAUGAGUUCACUUGCAAAGCAUGUGACCUUGGAUGGUGGCCAAAUGCUGAGCUAACAGGGUGUGAUCCUAUUCCUGUGAAGUACCUUGAAUGGAGUAAUAUAGAAGCUAUUGUAGCUGUGGUCUUCUCCUGUCUAGGAAUUCUGGUUACUAUGUUCGUUACCCUCAUUUUUGUGCUGUACAGAGACACCCCUGUAGUAAAGUCAUCUAGUCGUGAACUAUGUUACAUCAUCCUGGCAGGAAUUUUCCUUGGCUAUAUUUGUCCAUUUACUCUGAUUGCCAGGCCUACUGUCCCAUCUUGCUAUUUGCAACGCCUUUUGGUUGGCCUGUCAUUAGCAAUGUGCUAUUCUGCUCUGGUGACCAAAACCAAUCGGAUUGCCAGAAUACUGGCUGGGAGUAAAAAGAAGAUCUGCACAAGGAAACCACGGUUCAUGAGUGCCUGGGCUCAGGUUGUCAUUGCUUCUAUUCUGAUCAGCUUACAGUUAGUAUUAGCUGCCACACUUGUCAUUAUGGAGCCACCAAUGCCAGUGUUGUCGUAUCCCAGUAUUAAGGAGGUCUUCUUAAUCUGCAACACAAGUAACAUGGGUGUUGUGGCGCCCCUUGGAUACAAUGGACUCCUCAUUAUGAGCUGCACUUACUAUGCCUUCAAAACCAGAAAUGUGCCAGCAAAUUUCAAUGAAGCUAAAUACAUUGCUUUUACAAUGUACACCACCUGCAUAAUCUGGCUGGCUUUCGUUCCUAUUUAUUUUGGAAGCAACUACAAAAUAAUUACAACCUGCUUUUCUGUAAGCUUAAGUGUGACAGUGGCAUUAGGAUGUAUGUUCACACCAAAGAUUUACAUUAUUAUUGCCAAGCCAGAACGAAAUGUACGCAGUGCAUUCACAACCUCGGAUGUUGUCCGCAUGCAUGUGGGGGAUGGGAAAGUGGCCUGCAGGUCUAGCAGCUUACUCAGUAUUUUCAGAAGGAAGAAACCCAAUACAGGGAAAGCAAGUUCUAAUGGAAAGUCUGUGUCGUGGUCUGAACCAGGAGGAAGACAGCCACCAAAAGGACAGCACAUGUGGCACAGGUUAUCUGUCCAUGUUAAAGGCAAGGAGGGAGCCUCAAACCAAACAGCAGUCAUCAAACCACUGACAAAGAGUUAUCAGAGCCAGUCAAAGAGUCUAACGUUUUCUGACAUUAGCACCAAGACACUCUAUAAUGUUACAGAAGAAGAUGAAACUGACACCAUGCGAUACCACAGUCCUGACAGUCCAUCAAUGACAGUCCGCAGAAUCACAGGGGGGCAGUCACUGCAUGAUAUGGAUGAAUCUCAUCUGUACUUAUCAGACCAGAUGCAAAAGUCUGCUACAGCUCAGAGAUCAAUUAUUGAUCAGCUGCAUGGUGUUGUCAGCAAGUUUUCAGUAAAUGUACCUGAUCUUAAUGCUGUGAUUUCAGGCCCAGGAAAUGGAAUGAUGCCAAUGUAUCAUCAGCCUCAUGUUCUGCAGCAGCAAGUGCUUCCUCUUCAGAUGUCCACCUUUAGUGAGGAGCCUGUUUCUCCCACUGAGGAAGAUGACAGUGAACGAUACAAUCUCAUUAGAGGUUACAUGUAUGACAGCACAGAGAACCAGGAAGAAUUGGGUCAGAGUAAACUGACUCUGGAAGACUCCCCAGCAUUGACACCACCAUCCCCUUUUCGAGAUUCUGUGGCUUCUGGCAGCUCUGUGCCAAGCUCUCCUGCAUCUGAGUCAGUACUGUGCACACCACCAAACGUAACAUAUGCAUCAGUGAUUCUGAGGGACUACAAACAAUCCUCAUCUACCCUGUGAAACUAAGGGAGCUGAAAAGGACCACUCUUGUGACUAGUCCUUACACAUAGUUUUACAUCUGGCAAUAUCAAAAGAUGGGGGAAAAGGAGUGCAUACAAGAAUAAACGUCUUACUUCCAGAAACUUAACUCUAUGUUAUUCAGGGGACUCCCAUGAUUAGUUAUAUUUAUUAAUGUAAGACAUUUUCUGUAUGCUAAAACAAACAAGAAUGAAGCACAAAAUUAGUACAGUAUUAUAUGUUACAACACGUAAUGGGACUGAAGCACAAAGUCAGUGCAGUAUUUUCCUGUGUAAGUGAACAAAAGGUUUUAUUUGAUUUUUCAAAAUCUGAAAAGGGGAAGAAGAGGGUUGUUAUAAUUCUCUAUAUAACUGCAAUAUAUUUUGCAACAUUUUAAGCAGUAUAACAAAGGUAAAAGCCAGUUGCUUAAAAGUAAAGGCGUUAAGAUAAAAUGGGAAAGCAACCAUUUCGGUAUAUAACAGAAUCAGCAGAUUUAAGAAAUUGUCUAAAUAUUUCUGGUGAAAUGUGAUGAGGGGAUUUCGAAAGCUGAAGCAAAACUAUAGCAGCACUGACAGAAAAUGAAAGUGAGAGGUGCCAAAUGAAUUGCCAAAUUUAUAAAAUAACUGAAAAAUAUCUUUGAAAAUGUAUAAAUAGCAUAUGGUGGAAGCUUGCUGUUGUUUAACCAGAUACCAUAUAAUAAUGGCUGCAUUGUUUUAUGGCCAAUAUAAUUAUUUCAGGUUCAAGGCAGUUUAUGUGAAUUGUAAUUGCAAAGGUCUGCUUCAGAAAGAUGUCUUAUAAAAUGUAAUUAGUAGUUUAUGUUGCUAUGUUUUAUAUGACACUGUACCAUACUGCAAUGAAUUUAAAUAAAUUAAAGUUUGUAUUUCAUGCUAGGAUGUUUUACACAUACACAUAGAUUUGUGCUGUAACCUUUACAGGGCAAAAUAUAUAACAAAAUGACCUUGAAAAUAUUUUAUGAUGUUAAAGUACAUUGCUAAUGAAGUACUCAACAAAUGUUUUGUGACAACGAAGGUUAGUAAAAUAUGAACAACAAUUUGGUAUCCAGGAAGUAUUUUGUAUGAGCCAGUAUUAAACUGAAAUAUAGAAAUGGUACAGUAUUUAUCAUAUUUAUAGUUGUUUGGAGUAAUGAAACAUUAUUUGUUAGACUUAAGUCUAAUUACUGCAAUGUAACCUACUAUCAGUAUGCAAAACUAUAGGAAAUGACUUCAGGUUAUAUGAGUAGCUUAGUUUCUCAGUGUUUAAACUUGAAAAGUAUGGGUAUACUAUAACUGAUAUAGAAAUAUGUGAAAACUACAAUUUAUAAAACAAUGUUUACUGUGUGCUUAGCAACACAAUUCAUUAUGUCUUGUAAAGUGCUUUCAUUUUUGGGACCAGUUAAAUACUUGGGUCUAAACCUGCCUUUUUGUGAAACUAUCAAAUGUUGUAAAAUAAAUAUUUUUUAUUCAUA